CUGCAGCCAUUGCACGUUCAUUUAUGACACGGAGCAAUGUACAGCGCUGAUCUUUUAUGACCUCUAGCAAUCUGACCUGUGCAGCAUCAGGGGUUGUGACUAAAGCAGUGCUCAUUUUCGACUCUUGUAGUCAGGUAGUAUAUUGCCCUAAAUUGGUUGAAAAAUGGCAGAUGGUCAAGGGGAUAAACCAAUGGAAGCGGAUGUUAAAAUGCAUAAACCUCCACAACUAGGUUUAAAAUUAGUUCAUCUGGAUUUGAAAGGCGCGCCACCUAAGAUCUCCUACUUACGCGAGAUCUUUCCUCUGUUUGCAGACCUUGGUGCAGAUGGUAUUCUCCUGGAAUAUGAAGAUAUGUUUCCAUAUGAGGGAAAGCUACAAGUUUUAAAGUCUCCAAAUGCUUACAGUCCUUCAGACAUCAAAGAUCUUAUGGUUCUGGCCAAGACACUGAAGUUUGAAAUAAUUCCAUUAGUGCAAACCUUCGGCCACAUGGAGUUUGUACUUAAACAUGAAGCUUUUGCUCACCUUCGCGAAGUGAAAGCAUUCCCUAACACUCUCAAUCCACACAAAGAAGAGUCUAUGGAAUUAGUAAAAUCCAUGAUUGACCAGAUAAUGGCAAUACAUAACAACAUAAAAUGGAUACACAUUGGAUCAGAUGAGGUUUAUUACCUUGGUGAAGGUGAAGAAUCCAAGCAACUGAUUGAGCAAGGCCAAACAAAUAAAAGUAGUCUGUUCACGUCUCAUGUGAAAGCAGUUGCAAGCUACAUUAUUGCUACUCACUCAAGUGUGAAACCUAUAAUUUGGGACGAUAUGCUCCGAAAUAUCAGUACAGAUAAACUUAAAGAAUCUAUGUUAGAUCAGCUGGUUGAACCAAUGAUCUGGGUAUAUAAUGCUGACCUUGAUGUGCAUAAAAUGUUACUUCAAAUACAAAAGUAUCAGGGAAUGGGAUUCUCUCAGAUAUGGUUUGCAAGUGCUUUUAAAGGAGCUACAGGUGCAGCUCAAUGUCUAACGUCAAUUAGCUAUCACUUAGCUAACCACCUGCAGUGGCUGAAUGUAGCUGAGACUCUGCCAAGGAACUCCAUUCAUUUACAGGGGAUAGCACUCACUGGUUGGCAGAGAUAUGAUCAUUUCUCUGUUUUGUGUGAAUUACUGCCUGUGGGGAUUCCGUCCUUGGCCGUCUGUCUGCAGACCUUGAGACAUGGUGUGUUCUCUCUAAAGGAAGAGGAAUAUGUGAAACGGUCUCUUGGAUGCAAAAGUUUAAGAAUUGAUUUUCUAAGCGUUGAAGAUGCUGGCAGUUUUCCAGGCAGUGAAGUACUUGACCACGUCACUCACAUUAUUACUUACCUACAGCAAUCUGUUGAUAAACUUCAUGAAAACAUAUAUAUAAGAGGAUGGUUCAGUAACUACCACAGAAAGAGAAAGUAUGUCCACCCUGGUAUCAUUCAGAAUUUUGAAGGAGAAGUUAGAAGUGUCUAUGCACUUUGGGAGGCAGCCAUAAGUAAACUGCGUACAGCAAUGGAAAGAAUUUAUUAUCCAGAUACUGUGGAAGAGUGGAUAGAAGAACACGUUAACCCAGCUUUGACAAGGUUACAGUGCCUCGUGCACGAUAUGGAUGAAGCUUUAGCAUCAAUUGACACCAAAUAAAAAAAAUUAUGCCUGUCUUCAAAGACAGUCAUUAUAUCAAUUCGUUUAAUUUGAAUAUGUUACUGCAUUUGAUGAUUUACUGUCAAGGUUCAUCCUAUCAUAUAAUAAGUUUUAAAAAAUUCAAGGUAUUGAGAUCAAUCGCAUGUAAUAGAAUACGCACCGUCAUUGCCUGUGUGCACACUACCUGUUUCAUCUUCUGAGGUAUCCAGGCAUGGGCAAUACCCAUCAAAUGUUGAGGAGGAGUAAUGCAUGAAAUAUAAAAGUAUCAGUUAUGUACAAUGGUGAACAGUUCACUGUUCAAUUUCUGAGAAAGUAGCCUCAAUUUACAGUAAACUGUUUCUGUGUAUAUUGUUUCAAUAGAGACGUACCUAUAGUAUGUCUCAGCCCUAUUAUCCUUCUCCGUUUUGAAUAACAACCAAAGUCAAACAGUUUAUUCUAAAUGUUUCUGAGCCAAGCAGAUUUGCUUACAAUGGGAUGUUGGCAAAUUGAAUUAAUUUCUCAAAGAUUUAAAAACUGUGAAAUGCUGUAACAGGGACCAGGCUGGAGUAUGUCUGUUUAAAAACAAUUCUCAAAGUCAGAAUCAAUUGUUUUGUUAUACUGUGGACAUGCCUUUUUUUAAUAUAUAUUAGUAAUUAAAUCUGUGGUAUGUUGACAAAUCUUUGUCUUAAUAAAUUUCGACUUUGAUAAUUAAAACAAAUGUUAAAAUUUCUUGAUGUGAACAAUUAACUGUUAAUAAAUAGCUUUAAUUCUAAAUAGUUUUCCUUUAUCUUCACCACAUCCAUGGUUAUUGAAGUUCAAGUUCGUGUAGCUAAGUCAUAACUGCAAUCUGAAAGGUUAUUAUUAUGAUAAAUUUACACAAGGCACACAA